UGCCGUUUACCUCCGUGAACAUGUACUCUGCCUCCCACCUGGCUUGAAACCCCCUGUUCUCACCAUUGGGGAGGGGGGUUGUUGAAAGUUGACAUCUGCCCUGAAUGCUGAUGAAUAAUGAAGCCGAGGCCCACUUGCGGCACUGCAGUCUCUGACUGGGUGUCACCUGGAGCAAAGGCUCUGGAGUGACCCACACCAUGAUGACCCAGAAGGCCAGAGGCGUAACGUCGUCACCACCCUCCCUCCGGCGGAAGCCUCGUUUUACCUUAUGUGGACGAAAGAAGAAGAGCGGAAUGAUCCGGGGCAAGCUUCGCCUACGUUCCAUUGCUGGAGCCUUCCUGGUGUUGGGGGUCAUUGUGGUCAUGGUGGGUAUUGCUCUGGCUGUGGCGGGAUACCGAAUGUCACGUUUUUCCAUCCUGGGAGCCAAAGAGGGGAACCAUGUCUCUGAGCCGCAGAGGAAGUGGGGUAUGGGGGCUAAGAGCUUCCUGUCGACAGUCAGCUUGAUCCACAGUGAGCGGAUGAAGCUGCUGGGCCCGGUCAUAAUGGGAGUGGGACUCUUCAUUCUCAUUUGUGCCAACACAGUCUUGUAUGAGAAUCGCGAUAGAGAGACUCAGAUGUUGAUGGCCCAGAUGCGCAGUGUAAUCUGCUCUGUGUCUGCCGCCGUUCCCUCAGCAGACCUACAAGAUAUCGCGGCAGCCAACUCAAUGGCGAAACAUCACUGGGUGAGCAGUUUACCGGCUGCCCAACUCAACAGCUUCUGUCGGGAGCAGUUGGCAAGUUCUGAACCCCUGCUGCAGACCAGACCUGGUAGCAACCAGAGGGACAGCGUGGAGGGCGUCUACCAGCAAGAAGUCCUGCAGACAGAAGCCCUCCACCAUCAAGAGUCGGUGCCUCCGACUUCAACCAACUUCUCCUCGUGCAACUCCAGCCAGACUGACAUCAACACACAGUUUGAAACUGAGCUUGGUUCCAGUUUCAAAACCCAACCAGAACCGUUCGGAAAGCUCAGUAAUUGCCUGAUGUCUGCCAGCUCCAUGUCCACCCUUGGGAUGGACGAUGUGGAUAUCCCAGCUGCUCAGCCUCGACGCUGCCAUAGCAUGAGCUACAGGACUAAACCUUCCAUGGCUCGAACGGUUUGGUCUACGGAGAAAACACUCAUUAGGGAGGAGGGAUAUACCAAACAACCAGCGGUUAUGAGACGAGACCAUUGCAUUAACAUUCCCGGGCAGGUUAUGGACGUCACGGAGGAGCAGACUCACCAAAGCUGGCCUCGGUUAGACCUUGGCAUUGGGCGAAGGUACCUGAAAUUGGAGAACAAGGAAGACUCGGUCGACAAACUGCUGGACCAGUUAGAGCAACAAUGUUCUCAGUGGGAUAAAAGUUUUGGCUCUGGACCAUUCCAGUGAUGCUUGAUUUUCAUGGUCCGAAGGAUACUUUUGGACCCAAACAACCAUUCAUGGUCUUACCAUAACUAGAUCGAUUGGAGCUGGAGUGUUCGCCAAUGAAGAAACUUGAGCUUGUUGUCAACUUUCAGUGAAAAAUUAACCAACAAACUUUAUGCUCUUUGAGGCACUUUUAACUGUAGGAGAACACACUGACCUGAUACUGUCAUUAAUGAGCAAAGUAAUUCUGCAGAGCGUUCAGGUUGGCAGCAGUAUGCAGCUUUGUCUAGUUCCAUGCCCAGCGGAGGGUCGGUUUUCACUGUGCAGUCCUAUUUCAACCAAACUACCUGGUCUUCUGGACCCACCAAGUGUUGAUUAACAAAUGCAACUAAUGUAUAAAAAGAUCCUAUUCUCCAAAUACAAUGCAUGUCACUUGUGUAUUGUACAAUAUGCUGUAUGUUAAUAAUUAUGCAGAAAUGUGUCUGUUGGUGUUAUGUGUACAAAUCGUCAGUUCCAGUUAAAAGGCGGAUUCCAGUUUAAUGCAACGUUGGUCUUAUCUGUUAUAGCAGGUACUAGCGCAAAGACAAAGAAGCUAUGACAUAAUAUUUGGAUAGUGUACCUCAUUUUGUAACAGUUCAAGAUAUUUUGAAAUACACAAUCUGUUAAGCUGUGUUCAUAAAAUUAUGUUACAAAUGUUUCUGAUAAAACUUAAAGGGGAACUUUAACUUUUUUGUAAUUUUGCCUAUAAUUCAGUCUUUAUGAGAAACAAGAACACAUGUUUUUUUUAAUGCAUUUUAACUCGUAAACAAACGUAAAUAAAACCCUGCUUAUAACGGAGUCAAUGGGAGGUCCUCUUUUCCGCCCCGAAAACCUACUAAAAACAUCCAAAAACCGCCAACAAUACUCCAUUUACAUUUUGUGACCUGAAUAUUAAUCAAGUAUUAGUGAUGUUGUUAUUAUAAACGCUAACAUUAAGGACCUAUUACGAGCAGACCAUUGUCACAGAGAGCUAACUUCUUUAUGCUGCUAUAUUGACGUCAUCAGCUGGAGAGCUGCUCCCUGGCCUCUGAGCUCCUGAAAGUUUAUUCUAAAUGCCUCUCACCUGUGCAGUAAAAGGAUGAGAACAUAAUCUGCGAAGAUGGUCCACUUUGACAGGAAAUGUUAGACCCACAAAUGGUGAAGAAGACCCGAAAAGACGCUUGGUUCCGUCCCUUUUUUCUUCACAAAGAAUUAUGAGUCAUUGUUCAUCUAAACAAGAAUAUAUCAACAUCCUAGCAGUGGGUAUCUCAGUGAGAGCAGACAUUGUACAGUAAGGGAUGUUUUAUUAUGUUUGAUGAUACUUGUAAGAAACAUACUUUGUCGCUAUGGAGGCGAGGAUUAGUGUUUAAGAAGUAGGAAAACACUGUCGAGUGCGGAUGGACGUUAGCCACUAGCUAGCUAUAAAACACCUCUUGUAGAGCGGCGCUAGUUUUUAAGCCAAAAUAUGUCCAUUCCGCCUCUUAAGUCUUUACACCGUGUCUGCUUGUAAGUGCUCCGUGCGUGUGCGUUGCCGAACAUGCGCCUCUCCUCCAGCAAUGUCACAACAGCGUGCCGUUAUGUUCGUUAAACGAUGGGUUAGUAUGGCUGACACAGGGCUAAAUAAUUAUUCGUUUCAGGAGUUAUCCGGCUUAAUGUAGGCAGGGCCUUAAAGCGGUGCCUCACUUAUGUAAAUCAAAAGUUUUGCCCCAGUGGUCUACGUUUGCAGGCAAAGUUAAAAUGUCAAUGCAAGGAUCUGCCAAUGUGUUUACAGUGGUCCAAGGUCCUCGAUACCAGUGUUUCCCAAAGU